AUGAGUGACAAUCAGAUUAAUGCUGUAGAAGCGGACCCGACUCGCCACGAAUUGGUGAGGUCAGAAAAUGGGGAGAUUGUCCGUGCCGAGGGACACAUUGUCGUGUUCGACAAUAUUGAUAAAAAUAUGUACUGCGUUCUCGAAAAUGAGAGAAAUCUCCGGCUCUUCGGUCUCAUACCAACUGCCUUACAAUUUGAUACAGUUCCUGAAACGAGCAUGUCAUCAUCAGAGACCUUAGGCUCACUUUCUGAUAAUACAGCAUGCUUGACACUAGAAGCAGGAUGUUCAAACCAGGCAACCAGUAAAGAAAAAGUUAAGUGGACGAAGAAUGCUGUUCUAGCACUAAUUACAUCCUGGAAAGCUAAUCAGCCAAAUUUUGCAAGCACUACUGUAAAGAACGAUGCAGUAUGGAAUAUGAUUGCCCAGGACAUAAAAAAAACAGGCUUAAUAGUUACUGCCACUCAGACUGAAAAUAAGUGGAAAAACAUAAGGAAGGCGUACAUGGCUGUUAAGGACCAUAACUCUAAGUCUGGGAAUGCUCCGAAGACGUGUAAAUUCUAUGAUGAGUUGGAUGAAAUAUUUUCAAAAUCACCAAGUGUCGCACCUGUUGCUCUUGCCUCCUCAAGAAGAAAGAGAUCAGCCUCUACAACUAUAGGCAAUGAUUUUAGUAGUGAUGAUGAGACCUCUGAAGAGAUGGAGGCUGACAGGCAUUCUGAGAAGAAAAGUAAGAAGGCAAAGAAAAGCAAACUGAAUAGAGAAUUAGAGGCUUGGUCUAAGACCCUUCGCGAAGAUGCGGAGAAAAGGGAAUUAACAAAGGAAAAACGACAUGAGGCAGUGAUUGCUGUGCAGAAUAAAGGAAUUGCAGCGUUUACUGAUGUUAUGAAUAAGCUUCUAGAGAAGCUAUGA